AAGCGCCCCCCGGAUUCGAAGCCCAAAUCCAAGGGAACCACGCCCACACCCACUUCUUCAACCCCACCACCGGCCACCACCAGGCCUCACCGGUCCGCCAUGCCGCGCUCCUCCUCUUCCUCGUCCAACCCCUUCCACUCCCUCGCCUCCUCCACCUUCCCCUUCCUCUCCUCCCCAUCCUCAGCCGCCACCUCAUCGACGACCUCGCCCGCGCACCCGGCGCCCCACCUCGCCUUCCCGCUCCUCCUCCCCGUCUCCUCCGCGUCGUCCCCCGCCGGCCCGGAGACGCUGCCGGGCAAGCGGAUGGCAGGCGCCGGCGUGGCCGCGGGUGGCAAGCCAGGAGGUGGGAUUAAGGGCGGCGGCGGCGGCGGCGGCGGCGGCGGCGGGGGACCCGCGUUCGUGGGCCAGGUGUUCACCAUGCUCGACCCCUCUGGGAACGGGCUCAUGGCCGUCACCACCCGCUUCGAGCUCCCGCGCUUCCUCACGAACAGGACUCCUGCAUGGUUCAAAAAGAUCUUAUCACCGUUGAAGAAGAGUGAAAAUGGCCCAGUAUUUAGGUUUUUCAUGGAUUUGAAUGAUGCAGUAUCCUAUGUUAAGCGGCUAAAUGUGCCAAGUGGCAUGGUGGGGGCUUGUCGCCUUGAUGUAGCAUAUGAACAUUUCAAGGAAAAGCCUCACAUGUUUCAGUUUGUUCCAAAUGAAAAGCAGGUCAAGGCUGCCAAUAAACUACUGAAAUCACUUCCACAAAGGGGCAGAAGGAAAAGACUUGGUGGCGUCCCUGUUUUUAGUGCUCAAAACUUAAAUAUUGCAGUGGCAACAAAUGAUGGAAUUAGAUGGUACACACCAUACUUUUUUGAUAAAAACAUGUUGGACAAUAUUCUUGAAGCUUCAACGGAUCAACAUUUCCAUUCGAUAAUGCAAAAUCGCCAUAUGCAACGUAGAAGGGAUAUCGUUGAUGAUAGUUUAACAUCAGAAAUAAUUGAAGAAAGUGCUGAUAGCUUGCUUGAACCCCCAGAGGUUCAAGAAUUGAUGAAUGAGAUUGGUCCAGCUGGAAUACCAUUAAAUGUUGUAACUAAAGCUGCAGAAAUUCAGCUUCUUGAUGUUGUUGAUAAAGUUCUUCUAGGAAAUAAAUGGUUGAGAAAGGCUGCUGGCAUACAACCCCAAUUCCCUUAUGUUGUUGAUUCAUUUGAAGAAAGGACUGCUGUUUCGAUUGCCAAUAUAGCUACUACCAGCAGCUUUACUGCUUCAAAGGAUGAUAGCUGCUGCCAAAAUGAUCAGCAAUCUCAAUCUUCGGAGCCAAGUAUUGACAACAACUACAGAAGUCACAAUAACCAAGAUCAUAAUCAAUUUCACUUUCCAUUUAGCAAUCUGCUUCCAAAUAUAUGGCCAGGGCAUGACAGAAAUUUUAAAGAACAAGAAAGCGUCAGCAAAUUUAGCAGAUAUGAUGCUGACAUGAAUACUAAUUUACAAGUAAACCCUCUUCUCCCAAAAAUCACCAUGGUUGGCAUCUCAAUGGGUGAAGGUGGACAGAUGAGCAAGGCCAACUUAAAGAAGACAAUGGAAGACUUGACAAAAGAAUUGGAGCAAACGAGUGAAAAAAAUAGCUUUGGCGAUGAGAAAGACCCUCUUUUUGUUGCCAACGUUGGUGACUACUCAAGGAUAACAAAGAUUAGCUCUAGAUGAGGCUCAUUGCAGAACAGCAGUAUUCUGUACAUACCGAAGCUCUAGCCAAGUCUACUGAGUUUGUGUUGAUACUGAUUUCAGAGGGCCCUACUGAUAUAGUGAUGUUUGGAGAGGCGGCCAGCAUAUCAUGCUCAGAGUCUACAUAGUUCAUGUUGAUACUGAUCUCGGAGGCCAGGGCCCUACCUGUAUAGUGAUGUAAAUUGGAGGCCAGCAGAUCAUGCGCUCAUUCCAUUGUCACAGUUCUGACUUUAGGAGGCAAUCCAAUGUCAAUAUGCACAUGGAAUAGUUGACAGUUCUGACUUCAGGAGGCAAUCCAGUGUCAGUAUGGCCACCACUGAGUAGUAAGCCAAAAUUGCCAGGGAAUAGCGUGGAUAUUACUAUGCUAUAUAGAAUUUUGGAGAUGUUGAUUUGUCGAAGGAUGUUUGUGUGAAUAGAAAAGUUGCCUAUUGCAUAUUUUCAUGUAUGUGGUAUGUACAAAUAUGUAACAAGGCGUUAAAGUAGCAUGUGUUUGGAUGUAUUCCAUUGCGGAUUGCUAGUUUGAUUUUCUCAUGCGCAUGCAUUUUUUUUA